CCCGGUGUUUCUCGGGCAGUCGCCGUGUUCGCUUUCGCUGUUGCGCUGUCCGCCCCGCCUGCCUGGUGUGUUCUGCAGCGCCGCCCGCCCCUCAGUAAUUUGUCUGCAAACUGUUGGUCCCAUCUUCAUCCGGUUAACAUGCUCAACAGUCAUAAUGUUAAGCUUUACCACAGCAAAGCUCUCACCUCCCCAUACCCAGGAUCACACGUGGAGCGUAGCCAAGUUCCUGCAGAUAAAGUGGGCUGGCUGACUGAGUGGAAGGAUUAUAAUCCUGUGGAGUACACUGCAAAGUCUGUUUUGGCUGGACCCAGCUGGGCAGAUCCCCAAAUCAACGAUAAAGGGUUUUCUCCCAAGUUCAAUGAGAGAGAUGGAGAAGUGGAGAGGAAGAGUCUGAAUGGCACAUAUGUGGUUGAAAAUGGGAGGCCCCGAAAUCCAGUGGGAAGGACUGGCCUCACAGGCAGAGGAUUGUUAGGGCGCUGGGGACCGAACCAUGCUGCUGAUCCUGUUGUGACUAGGUGGAAGAGAGAUGGAAGUGGCAAUAAAGUUGCUCAUCCGCUUACUGGCAAAAACAUCUUGCAGUUCGUAGCUAUCAAGAGGAGAGACUGUGGGGAGUGGGCCAUUCCAGGGGGGAUGGUGGACCCAGGCGAGAAGAUUAGCACUACCCUGAAGCGAGAAUUUGAGGAGGAGGCCUUGAAUUCCUUGCAAAAAUCUCCUGAGGAGAAAGCAGAAUUGGAGAAGCAACUCCAAAAGCUGUUCAGCCAGGAACACUUUGUGGUGUACAGAGGAUAUGUGGAUGACCCUCGUAACACUGAUAAUGCCUGGAUGGAGACGGAGGCUGUGAACUAUCAUGAUGAAACUGGUGAGACAUUGGAUAAUUUGCCCCUGGAAGCAGGUGAUGAUGCUGGAAUGGUCAAGUGGGUUGACAUCAGUGAGAAGCUCAAGCUGUAUGCGAGUCAUAGCUACUUCAUUAAGCUUGUGACUGAGAAGCGGAGAGCCCACUGGAGUGAGGAUCCUGGUCCUGAGUGCCAUGAGUGAUGUAAACAAAGAACCAAUGAACACCAAGGGGAGAAUAUGUUUUCCAGCUUUAAAACAGAUGACAUUGUCCUUUUCAGUGAAAAUGCUGUGCUAUUCAUCUGGCAAAACCACUUGGCAAUGAUAAAUAGAGGCUUUUUCAGAGGCUUUAGAGUGCUCCUUUUGAUUUCAUACCUAGU